AUGCAACAUCUACUGAAACUCCAGGUCUGCCGAGAUUUAAAUGGUGUGGAGGAUGACACACUUCAGGUGGGAGGAAGAAACUGUGAUAUAUGGAAACACGUCCACCUGGAGCAAAUUCACGCUAAUGAUGCGCCGGUGAUCCUCAAUUUGAGUUUAUCUGCACCUCAUCGUCCCUUCAUCGUCCCUUCAUCGUCCCCUCAUUGUUCCUUCAUUGUCCCCUUAUCGUCCUUUUAUCAUCCCCUUAUUGCCCCUUCAUUGUCCCUUCAUCGUCCCUUCAUCGUCCCCUCAUCGUCCCCUCAUUGUUCCUUCAUCGUCCCCUCAUCGUCCCCUCAUUGUUCCUUCAUCGUCCCUUCAUCGUCCCUUCAUCGUCCCUUCAUCGUCCCCUCAUUGUUCCUUCAUCGUCCCUUCAUCGUCCCUUCAUCGUCCCCUCAUCGUCCCCUCAUUGUUCCUUCAUCGUCCCCUCAUUGUUCCUUCAUCGUCCCCUCAUCGUCCCCUCAUUGUUCCUUCAUCGUCCCUUCAUCGUCCCUUCAUCGUCCCUUCAUCGUCCCCUCAUUGUUCCUUCAUCGUCCCUUCAUCGUCCCUUCAUCGUCCCCUCAUUGUUCCUUCAUCGUCCCCUCAUUGUUCCUUCAUCGUCCCUUCAUCGUCCCUUCAUCGUCCCCUCAUCGUCCCCUCAUUGUUCCUUCAUCGUCCCCUCAUUGUUCCUUCAUCGUCCCCUCAUCGUCCCCUCAUUGUUCCUUCAUCGUCCCUUCAUUGUUCCCUCAUCGUUCCUUCAUUGUUCCUUCAUCGUCCCUUCAUCGUCCCCUCAUCGUCCCCUCAUUGUUCCUUCAUUGUUCCCUCAUCGUCCCCUCAUUGUUCCUUCAUCGUCCCUUCAUCGUCCCCUCAUUGUUCCUUCAUCGUCCCUUCAUUGUUCCUUCAUUGUUCCCUCAUCGUCCCCUCAUUGUUCCUUCAUUGUUCCCUCAUCGUCCCCUCAUUGUUCCUUCAUCGUCCCUUCAUCGUCCCCUCAUUGUUCCUUCAUCGUCCCCUCAUUGUUCCUUCAUUGUUCCCUCAUCGUCCCCUCAUUGUUCCUUCAUCGUCCCUUCAUUGUUCCCUCAUCGUUCCUUCAUUGUACCUUCAUCGUCCCUUCAUCGUCCCCUCAUCGUCCCCUCAUUGUUCCUUCAUUGUUCCCUCAUCGUCCCCUCAUUGUUCCUUCAUCGUCCCUUCAUCGUCCCCUCAUUGUUCCUUCAUCGUCCCUUCAUCGUCCCCUCAUUGUUCCUUCAUCGUCCCCUCAUUGUUCCUUCAUCGUCCCCUCAUCGUCCCCUCAUUGUUCCUUCAUCGUCCCCUCAUCGUCCCCUCAUUGUUCCUUCAUCGUCCCUUCAUCGUCCCUUCAUCGUCCCUUCAUCGUCCCCUCAUUGUUCCUUCAUCGUCCCUUCAUCGUCCCUUCAUCGUCCCCUCAUUGUUCCUUCAUCGUCCCUUCAUCGUCCCUUCAUCGUCCCCUCAUCGUCCCCUCAUUGUUCCUUCAUCGUCCCCUCAUUGUUCCUUCAUCGUCCCCUCAUCGUCCCCUCAUUGUUCCUUCAUCGUCCCUUCAUUGUUCCCUCAUCGUUCCUUCAUUGUUCCUUCAUCGUCCCUUCAUCGUCCCCUCAUCGUCCCCUCAUUGUUUACCCCGCGUGUAAAGACGAGGACACGCCGAGACGCCGAGACGGCGCGUUUAUUAGAUUAGAGACGCGGCGCUUUCAUGAAGUGAUGAAUAACAGCGCCGAGCGUCUUCCUGCCCCAACGCCACGUUCUGCUGACCCUGGCAGGCACUCCAGCGGCGCAUCCGGGAGCUCCAGCGAAUCAGAGAGCAGCUCAGAGUCCGACUCGGACAGCGAGAGCAGCUCCAGCGACAGCGAAUGCAACCGAGCGUCACGCGCCACCACACCGGAGCCUGAACCACCAUCAACGAACAAGUGGCAGCUGGAUAAAUGGCUAAACAAGGUCACCCCUCACAACAAGGUUCUUACCAACACCCAGACCGAGACCCUUGGACCUGGCAGCUCCCAACCUGAAGACGUUCAAGCUCCAGACAACCAGACCGGCGCUAAAACCAAGCCGAAUGCAGCCCUGGUGCAACCAGAUCCCAAAGAUCGAGCCUUGCUCAGUCCGGUCCGCGAAAAGGCCAAACCUAAAACGAACCAGAAAGCCCCAGACGGGAAGUCUACCAAGGUCAAGACGGGUUCUUGUGUCGACCUUCCUCCUUCAAGGAGGAGCACAGGCAAGAAGCAGCCCAAGAAAGUGGACCAGUCGUCUAACAGCGAGGAGCCUACCUGGACCAGGCCGGGCAACUCCAGCAGUACCCCGAAAGAGAAAGAACCUCCACCUUUAGAACCAGCCAAACCAAGAGGGAGGGCGUCAGGGGGUAAGACCGCGCCUAGGAAGGAGCCACGAUCCACCACAGGAACCACUGCCUCCACCCCAACCACUGCAAGUAUCCCAGUUCCAGACAAGAAGAAGCACAGAGGACCUAGUAAGAUCACCCCAAAGUCGAAGGAGUUCAUCGAAACAGAGUCGUCCUCAUCGGAGUGCCACUCGGACUCCGAGGAACUCUCGAAGGUACAUCUCCCCUGCCCAGGCCCGAACAUCUCAAAUCUCAAAUCUAAGGACUGUAACAGCAACAUCCUGAGCGUCAGCAGCCUCGCCAGCACCAGCAGCACCUCCAUACCGGACCCCGGCGCCACCGACCUGCUCGAGGAGCCCCUGUUCUCGCCCAUCUCCAUCGUACCUAACGAGCUCCUGUCACCGCUGCGGGACUUCGAGGACGUCAAGUCCCUGUGGGUGAAGAUCGAGCUGAGCCUGCUGUCGCGCAUCCCCGGGCAGGACCCGCCCGAGCCGCCGCCUACCAAGGCCGAGUGCCGGGAGAGUGCCGGCUUUAAACACAGGAGGCAGCAGUCGCCCGCUUCUGUCAUCCUGGAGAAAACCAGCAGCAAGUCGAAAAGGAAACACAAGUCGGAUCAUUGUGAGGUCCUGAGUGCCAGCAAGAAGUUAAAGCUGGAGAAGGAGGUGCUGCUCCUGCCUCCCUGUAUCUCUCCCAUCCAAAACCACAAACUCUCCAGCGCUAAAGACUCAUCAAAGAAGCAGCCCAGGAAGCUGCUGCCGCCGUUACUGUCUCCCCUGUCAGACGAGCCCGUGGGUCGCCAGCGGAGGAGCAGCGAGAGCAGUACAGUCAGUACGGAGGGUAACACCUCUGCCCCCGCCAGCCAACCCUCCAUCCAUUCCAUCCCCCCAUCCUCUUCAUCAUUAUCGUCCUCGUCUUCUUCUCACAAGCACCGGAGAGGAGAGAGUAAGGUGCACUCCAAAACCAGCAGCGAAGAAGACGGUCACGUAAAGUCCAGCUCGGUCCAUUCCAACGGUCAGUCGGAUCCCAGCACGUGGCUGAACCCUGCGGCCCUGACCACGGAGAACACGGAGCACAGGAGACCCAAACUCACCUUCAACAACACGGUUCACAGCGCUGAACACUACAUGCAGGAGGCGAAGAAACUGAAGCACAAAGCCGACGCCCUGAUGGAGAAGUUCGGUAAAGCCAUUAAUUAUGCGGACGGCGCCCUCUCCUUUAUAGAAUGUGGUAACGCCAUGGAACGAGACCCCCUAGAGGCCAAAUCACCGUACACCAUGUACUCCGAAACCGUGGAGCUCAUCAGAUACGCCAUGAGAUUAAAGAACUUCACCAGUCACUCCGCCACGCUCGCCGAGAAGAAACUAGCCGUGCUGUGUAACCGGUGUUUAUCUCUGCUGUACCUCCGGAUGUUCAGGCUGAAGAAGGAUCAUGCCAUGAAGUAUUCCAGAUCCCUCAUGGAGUAUUUCAAGAACUCCGCGAAAAGUUCCCAAGCACCUUCACCGUGGGGCUCCAACGGAAAGAGUACAGGAACGCCGUCACCCAUGUCCCUCAGUCCCUCCCCAGUCAACUCGGUAAACAGCAGUACCGGAGCCGCAGGCUCUUCCUCAUCGUCCUCCUCGUCCUCGGGCACCGUGGCCAUCCCGCAGCGCAUCCACCACAUGGCCGCCAGUCACGUCAACAUCACCAACAACAUCCUGCGCAGCUACGAACACUGGGACACGGCCGACAAGCUCGCCCACGAGAGCCAAGAGUUCUUUCAGGAACUGGACUCGCUGAUGGACCCGCUGACGCAGCACAGCAGCAUGACCGACCUGGUGCGCUACAUCCGCCAAGGACUCCACUGGCUCCGCAUAGAAGCUCAUUUGUUAUAG